AUGCAUCAUGCAACAAAACAGGUGUACGCAACGUUCUACCGCCUUGGACACCUCCCCACACCCAUCCUCCUCCAACCAGGCGACCUUCCCACCCUGGCACAACUGCAGUUGUCACCCCCCAUCGGAGAGGAAGAGACACACAUUUACGUAUGUACGCACGGGGCUCGGGACUGUAGGUGCGGUACGACGGGCGUGGCGGUCUUUCGUGCUCUUAAGGCUGAAGCUGGUCGUCUGGGGAGAGGGGGGAGUAAGAGGGUUCGUGUAAGGGAGAUCAGUCAUGUAGGAGGGCAUAAGUGGGCUGCGAACGUGCUCGUUUACCCUCCUGGAGAUUGGUACGGGCUUAUCCGGCCUGGGGAGGCGGGGGAGCUUUUGGCCCGGGUGGGGGAGGGAGUGGGAGUGUGGGCAGAGAGAUGGAGGGGAAGGAUGGGCUUUGGAGAGAAGGAG